AUGGCAGCAGUGGUGAAAAUGGAGUCGAGCAAGGCCUUCUCAGAGCUUCAAGACAAAGUGAUUUGCCAGGUGAUUGAGACUCAACAGAAGGUGAAGCUUAUAGGCAAACAGAUUGAACAGCUCAACAUAACAAAAAGCUGUGUGUAUCUUACAGAUAUCCAAAUUAUGGCUUUGGAAGAUGACACUAACAUGUAUGAGGGUGUACGAAGAAUGUUCGUUCAUCAGUCCAAGGCAGUCAUUCACAACCAGCUGCAAGAGAAACUGAAAAUAAUGGACGAAAAAAUAAAAGAACUGGAGCAGAAGAAAGCCUACCUUGAGCAGAGCAUCAAGGAAGCCGAGGACAACAUUCGGGAGAUGCUGAUGGCACAAAGCUCCCACAGCGCCCUGUCAUUGUACUGCCGUAAUUGA